CAGAAUGACAUUACUCAACUUGUUUUAUUGUUUCUGCCUACUAUUUGGAGCAGUUUUGGCGGAUUCCAUUCAUGAUGGUGGAUCUUGUGGUACGAAUUCAAUUCCUUACAAAAUGGAAGUAGACAGCGAAGGAAAACCAGUUAUAUCAUGUGAAGCGCCAUCCUGCCUUGGAGUUUCAAGCUCUGCAGCAAGACGCCCAAGAGUUUUGGAUGUGAGUUGCGACCCUUUCAAGGAGAUUGUCUGCGUCAAAGACCUGCAAUGGACUUCUGGGCUUGUGGAAAUCAAUAACGGAACACAUAGAACAUUGAAAACCGAGUGUUGUUCGUACGAAGGAAUGUCUGAUGCGAAAACAAUCAAGAGCAUCUUCCUUGGACCAGGACAAUCGUUUGUAGGAGGAAUGGUGGAAAAGGAUGGAGAGCAAUCAGGAUUCGAUCUUAUCAAGGAGAUUAGGAAGACUGUCAACGCAGAUAAUCAAGUUCAAUAUAUUGUUGGUGUCUACCGCAUGCCUUGUGAAGCCACCUCCGAUUCAAGCGAGGAAGCUCUUCCAUUGCUUUCAAGAAACAGAAGAAAGCUUCGUGAUAGAGUUGGAAAAUACGAUGAUUAUGAGGAAGACAGAAACUAUCGCUCUGAGAGAAGACGUCCGUUUGCAAUGAGAAGACGUGCCCUCCUUCAAAGACUCGAAGAUAUGUAUGAUGAUUACGAUUACGAAUUCCGAGUUGUGAGACGACCAUUCAGAAAAAGCCGCCUUCCAUACAACGAGAAUGCUCUUUGGCCACUGCAAUACUCCUCGCCACAACGUUCCCGCACAUUUGCCGACAACACGUACAACAAAGAAACAGUAGAAUCCGGGCCGCUUCCUCCACCACCGAGCUCCAACUACAUUGACAAUGUUGCCCCAGCUUCGCCUGUCGUUCAAUCGCCAGCCUACCCACAGACUCCAGCAGAAAUGCCUCUGCCACCUCAAUCAGGUUCAUAUUCUGGAUCGUAUAGUGGUUAUCCAACUGCUGAUGCAAGUCAAUACAAUGCGUACCCUGCAAUGCAGCAACCAGCAUAUCAACCGGCCUACCAACCGGCCUAUCAACCAGCCUACCAGCCAGCCUACCAACCAGCAUAUCAACCAGCAUACAGUGCAAGAGGAUACUCGCCGAAUUUGAAUGGGCUGUUCGGUGGAACUGGCAUGCAGUGUUUUUCCGGAGAUAUGGAGGUAGAGACAGAAGACGGAAUCAAGAUGAUCAAGGAUCUCAAGAUUGGCGACAAGGUUCUCAGCAUGGACGAGGCUUUUGUGACGUAUUCGCCCGUUAUCAUGUUUUUACACAAACGGGAUGAAGAGAUCGCGGAAUUCAAUCUCAUAGAAACAGCCAAUGGUCACUCAAUUAAACUGACCGAUAAUCAUUUGAUCUACGUGUCUGACUGCCGUACUAGAUCCGACUUAAAAUUGGUCGCCGCGAAAGAAGUCAAAAUGGAUGAUUGCAUUCACGUCACCACAGACAGCAAUGUCGUCAUCAAGAAAAAGGUAUCCAAAAUCAGCAAGGUCAUCGAAACUGGAAUCUACUCUCCACUUACUUCCACCGGAGAUAUUAUUGUCAACCGAGUUCUGGCUUCUUGUCAUUCCAACUUGGCGUUGAAGUCACUUCAACAAACUUUCUUCUCACUCUACAAACGUACUUCAAGUGUUUUCCAUAAUUUGAUGUUCUUCAAAUCCUCCACAGAAGAGGGAGAUCUUCCAGUUGGAGUCGAAACUUUAACAAGUGUCAUGGACUUGUUUAUUCCUCAAUCAUUUGUAUGAUUACUAAUCAGUUAAUAUGUAUAAGUUUAUAAUAAUUGUACGUUGUUUAAUAAUGUUUUUCUUGCUUAUGCUUUUUAUGCAAUGAUGUUAAAAUAUGCGGUUGAAUUGUGCAUUUGGUUGCAGCUGCUUUCUUUCACUGUCGCCUUGCCAUGUUGUAAAAUAAACAUAACUUAUUGAGUACAA